AUGGCUCUGGUUAGAGAUAAUCGAUUCCUAAACCUCAAGCUCUCUCUUCCACAAGCUUCCACCACUAUCUUUCCCUGCUGCUUCCCCAUGGCAGCCACCACAACAGCUUCAGCUAAAGUUACUUGCGUCGCAAACAACACCGUCUCUGCCACUGAUUUGGACAGAAUCAACGUUCUUGGAAGUGGAAACAGCGGUACUGUCUACAAAGUGACCCACAAAACAACCUCAGAGAUCUACGCGUUGAAGAAAGUCAAAGAAGACAUGGAUUCUACUUCUCGCUGCCAACUCCUCCGCGAGAUCGAAAUCCUCCGCCUUGUAGACUCUCCUUACAUCGUAAAGUGUCAUGACAUCUUCCAAAAACAUUCAGGAGAAGUGUCAAUUCUGAUGGAAUACAUGGAUCUAGGCACGCUCGAGUCUCUACGCGGAUCCGCCAUAACAGAGGAUCAGCUCGCUUUGAUCGCUCGUCAGGUUUUAAAAGGUUUGAAUUACUUGCACGAGCUCAAGAUCGUUCACAGAGACAUUAAACCGGCGAAUCUGCUUCGUAACUCGAAAGAAGAGGUCAAAAUCGCAGACUUUGGAGUUAGUAAGGUCGUGGUCAAGUCCUUAAACAAGUGCAACUCGUUCGCUGGCACGUGUGCUUACAUGAGUCCCGAGAGAGUCAACAGUGAAGCUGAUGUUGCAGAGGAAGACAAAGCAAACGUUUACGCAGGAGAUAUAUGGAGUUUCGGGCUUACGAUGCUCGAGAUCUUGGUCGGUUACUUCCCACUUGUUCCUCAAGGACAGAAACCAGAUUUAGCCACGUUAAUAUGCGCCGUGUGCUUGGAAGAGUCACCGAAAGCCCCCGAGGAAUGCUCUGAAGAGUUCAAGAGUUUCAUUGAUUGCUGUUUACGCAAGAAACCGAGCGAGAGAUGGACAGCUUCGCAGCUUCUCAACCACCCUUUUCUUCUCCGCCAACAUUAG